AUGGGCCAAUACAAUAGGACUACAGCGGCAACAACAACAUUCAAAGCUAUUUUGUGUAGCUCAGAACGGCUCAAUAGAAUCCACAAAACCACCAUAGAAAACCCUCCUCUGGCUCGGCUCCAUUGUCUCCUUUACUCUGCGGGCGCUCCGUGUCUCGCCUCCUCCGCUGUCCGCCCAAGCGUGUGCAGCCGUGUCACUCCCAUUCACGUCUCCAGCAGCAAACCAAACAAAGUGAGCGUCAGGCCUGCCCAAACGCCUCAGCUCCUGUCUGGAUCCGCACCGCCACAUCCAGCCGCAGUCAAAAGAAAAGACAACCUCCUGACCCCAAAAACCCCAUGGACGUGUGCGAGGGCCACCAGAGCCCCAGGACCAAGGGCCAGGACCACAGGACAGGGGGUCAACAGACUGCAGGGUGGGGAGGUGAGGGAAAGAAUGGAUUGA